UUCAAAACAACGUGCAGUAUUAUGGAGCAAAUGGUGGUCCAUAAAAAACCAGUGACCUUUUAUCUUGAUCUCCUCAUGGUCCAUCGAGCGGAGUUAGUGAAUGGAAUUAAAAACAUUGAGUGCAUCCUGGAUAACCUGCUACAUUUGGGAUACUUCACGUCAGAGGAUACAGAACUCAUUCAGCACAGUACAACGCGACAUGAAAAGGUUCGUAAAACAUUGGACAUUGUUUCGGCAAAAGGAGAAGAAUGUGCGGAAUUCUUUCUAUACAUCCUGAAUUGUGCCAAAGAGAUUUACUCAGAUUUUCUUCCUUGGUUAAAAGAAAUUCAUUACUACCCAUCAGACCACCUGCUGAAUAAACCAGUGCUGAUUGGAGAUGCUGUUUGCCAAUAUGCUGAAAAACUCAGAUCAGAAUUGCGAAGAGAUACAAGGUUCACGUUGUCAUAUGUCCAAAAGGAAGAUACCCUGUUUGAAGAUAUUUACACUGAGACUCUCAUGGAAUUGGUUAAUGCAACAAAUGAGAUCCUAGGAACCAUUUCCCAUUUGGAGGAUUUGUUCAGUGACACAGGCAUCAUCAACGAGGAUGCAGAGACAGUAUUUGUAACCGGUGAUGCUGGGGUUGGUAAGACCAUCCUGCUCCAGAGACUUCAGAACCUGUGGUCCAAAGGAGAGCUCUAUGCUGAUAUUAAAUUCCUUUUCAAAUUUAGAUGCCAGAUGUUUAAUAGCUUCAAAAAGGAGGAUAAGAUUUCUCUCAGAGAUCUACUAUUCAAAUACAACUGUUACCCUGACAAAGACUCUAAUGACAUAUUUAGUUACAUCCAACAACACCCAGCUUCUGUUCUCUUCACACUGGACGGGUUUGAUGAAAUUAAUUUUGAGUGGAACCUUAAUGAUAUCCCUGUAAUCUCUUCACCCUUUGACCCUUUGCAUCCUGUUGCACUCUUAAUGAGCCUUCUUCAUGGUAAGUUAUUGAAAGGUUCCAAAAAAUUAUUGACAGCAAGAACUGGCAUAAACAUACCAUUGAGAAUAUUGAGAAAGAGAGUGACACUAAAGGGCUUCUCCAAGGACCAGUUACUCCAAUAUUUGAAGAAAUUUUUCAAAAGUGAGGCCCAGCAAAAUUUGGUUUUGGCCCAUUUGGAGACAAACCGUCACCUGAGCAAUUUAUGUUCAGUGCCACUCUUUUGCUGGAUUAUAUUCAAAUGUUAUGAUUGCAUACAGUCCACUUGUAGUUCCCAGUGGUUAUCACAUUCUGUUAUGCUCACUGAUAUUUACCUCAUGAUGACUGAAGUCUUCCUCAACCAUUCUUCUCAGGCCAGUCCAAACGAGAAAAGUGCAAGAAGCCGAAUAAACCUGUUUCGAACCAAAAAGGAAACUCUCAUGCGAAUCGGUAAGCUGGCACUAAAAGGUAUUGAAAAUGGAAAUUUUGUGUUCAGUCAGGAGACAGUCACUGCGGCAAAUAUUUCUGAAGAAGAUUUGCAGAUGGGCUUCAUCAAAACUGUUGGCCAUUAUAAUGGGCAUGGAAACCAAUCAACAUAUGAGUAUAUUCACUUAACACUUCAGUCAUUUUUUACUGCAUUUUUAUUAGUUAUCGAUGAUGAGAUCUGUCCAUGCGACUUUCUUGCACUCUUCAGCAAUAAAAACAAACCAACACUGUCACCCAACAAGCUACGCAAUAUGGUUUUACCUACCUUGAGGCCUACAAAGUAUUCCUCAACACAUGUCCUCAAGCCUUUCAGCAAACAUCUGCAAUUUACCAUGUGGUUCCUCUGUGGAUUGCUGUCGAACAGCAACACUGACUUGUUGCUAAACCUUGCAUCUCCAACGAACAUUGAGAAGAAACAAUCACUGCUGGCAUCUUACCUGUCCAACUGUAUGAAGACACAGUUGAAAAAUCUUCCUCGCUUGCACCUUGAAGAUGGCUGUAAGGUUCAUGUGCUACCACAUUUCGUAUGGCUAGUAAGGUACAUAUUUGAAAUGCAGAAUGGAACCGCAGCCAAAAUGGCAGCCAAAGGGAUCUGUACUGAUUAUAUAAAGCUGAACUACUGCAAUGUUUCUUCUGUUGACUGUUGUGCUCUUGCAUUUAUUUUGCGUCACAUCCGAACACCCCUUGCACUGGAGAUGGACAACAACAACAUCAAUGAUUAUGGUUUAGAGCAAAUGGUCUGCUGUUUCAGGCAGCUCACAGUCCUCAGAUUGAGUGUAAAUCAGAUCACAGACCAAGGAGUUCAUAUCUUGGCAGAAGAACUCAAAAAGCAUCAGAAGAUCAGAUCACUCGGACUUUAUAAGAAUUACAUAAGUGAUAUUGGAGCAAGAGAUGUUGCUGAACUGAUUGAAGCAUGCCCCAGUCUUAUCAAUUUAAGGAUGGGAGCAAACAUGAUCACCCAUGAAGGAGGAACUUACUUAGCUCAAGCAAUCCAAAAAAGUAAAACCAUUGAAUGCAUCGGGCUCUGGGGAAAUCAGAUAGGAGACAGAGGAGCUGUAGCCUUUGCAGAGGCAUUGGAAGAUCACCAGACCCUGAAAAAUCUGAGCCUCGCAGCAAACCAGAUCUCAGCAAAAGGCGGCAAACGUCUGGCGAAGGUGCUCUGCAAGAACCGCUCACUAAAAAUACUCUGGUUGACUCAAAAUGAUUUAGAUGAUGCAGCAGCUGAAGGCUUUGGCGAAAUGCUAAGAGUUAACACAUCCCUGGAAAAGUUAUGGUUGAAUCAAAACAGGAUAACAAACCAUGGAGCUAUGUACCUCUUUCAGUCACUCAGAGAAAACACCACCAUAACCGAAAUCUGCCUAAAGGAUAACUGCAUUCCACCAAACGAUGCCAGUCAUCUUGCAAAAGACAAACGCAUUGUCAUCUAGGCCAUUAUCGGAGCAGUGACCUUUUGCAACACCAUGAAGACACUUUAAUAACCUUACCUCUAAAUCUGCGGAUGAUUUAUACAAUUGCUCCUCCAGAGACCUGAAGAUACAAUAAAGUCUGACACUCCCAGAACAGUAUUUGGGGGGGGCGGGGCAUCAUUGAUAGUGUAUUGUCACUGAAUGGGAUGUUAAAUCAUGGCCAGUCUUACCUCACAGAUAUUAUUUUCAAAGAGGAGAGGAAAGCUCAUACAUAUUUAAUGAAAAAGGGCUAUUUUAUUUAGAGAUAGCAAGAAGUGCGGAUGCUGGGG